CUCCUCCCUGUUUGGACAAACUCCGAACCAGUUCGAUCGAGAGGGAGAGGACAUGGCUGACGACCUGUUUGAAGGCCUCCCUCCGCCGUCGGCAGACCCUCCUUCUCCUCCUUCUCCUGAAAUUCAACUCCGGCAACCGCAACCGGAACCACGAAAACCACCAAAACCUCGAAAAACAGCUUCUUUUAGCUGCGACUCUUCUUCCCCUGCUCCUGCUCCUCCUCCACCUGCUGCCCCUAAACCAAUUCUCAAAUCCGCCCUCAAGCGGCCGAAUCCCGCCGAGUCGACCCCAGAAGAAACUGUGCCGGAAAAGAAAAAGUUGAGGUUCAAAACCACGACGGAUGCCUCAGAGCAACAGGUGAUAGAGGCGAUGCAGAAGAUAGCCUCACAUAUAAAGACUCCUGCGAAAUUUAGUAAGGCUUCAAAGCUUGCCAUCCAGCUUAUUCAGGCGGGAAGUGUGAAAGCUGAGACUAGUGAUUACUUUUUUGCUAUACUAGAAGCCGCAAUGGAAUCGCCUACUUCUUGUACGGAUCCUUCCAUGCGAGCUGAUUACCAUGCAUUGUUUUCAGCAGCACAAGAUGCCUCUGAGUGUCUCGAUAAGAAGCAAAAGAAUCAAUUAACGACAUGGACAAUUAGGGCAGUGAUGGCAAAUGAAUUAUUCACCGAUGACAGCUUCCUGUUUUCAAAAGCAGCUGGACGAUUAAAGGAAGCCAUUUCUAAUCUGCCUGUUGCAACCGAGGAUGAUGACAGAGAGGAAGCAGCUGUGCUGGAAGAUGGAACAAAGAUAGCAGAUGAAGAUGACCAGACGAAGCGGGACGUGACUUCAGCUGCACCAGCGGAAAAUAAUGAUGAGUUGUCUGAUCCUUUUGGGCUUGAUGCAUUUUUAACUCCUGCCUCUACAAAGAAAGAUGAUAGAACAAAGGAAAAAAAAGAUAACAAGAUCAGGAAGGAGGAGGAAGAGACCAAGCGAUUCCUCAGGUCAAAAAGGGAAGCCUUGGUUCUUUGUUUAGAGAUAGCUGCUAGGCGUUAUAAAACCCCAUGGUGCCAAACAGUCAUAGACAUAUUAGCAAAGCACGCCUUUGAUAACAUAGCUAGGUUCACAUUGAAACAAAGGACUGCCAUUGAGAAACUUUGGGUUUCCAUACGGGAACAGCAUAAUCGUCGAAAACAAGGGAAAUCUGUUACUGGGAAACUUGAUGUCAAUGCUUUCGAGUGGCUGCAGCAAAAAUAUUCUACUGAGAAGAUCAGCAUUCGGCACUCUGUUAGUGGUAGCGGAGGUCGUAAAACUGAAACGUGGCUUGGAUGACAAUAUGUUUUCGAUGUGAAAAUUUGUAAUUGUUGAUCUGAAUGAAUUAAUCACAUUUCGAAUUUACGUUA